CCUAAUGAUUGAGUAAUUUAAUAAUUAUUAAUCAUUAAAGGUAUAUGGUAAUUUUUUGUGAAAACUCGGGAAUAUAUGAUAGAAUUUUAAAAAGGUUAGGGGUAUAUGAUGAAUAAAUAAAUAAAAAAAACUCAAGAUAUAUUGGUGAAAAAUCCGUACAAACAGUCUCGAGCUAGCUGAAUUUGCUCUAAAAAAAUAUUAAUCAAGCAUAUCAUGUUUAAAUUUCAUAGUCAAACCAUAUUUUAAAAAAUUAAAGUAAAUAUAAGAAAUGAUAACCAAAUCAAUCUUUAUCUUUCAUAAUUUCAUGGACAUCAAACAAACAUAUUUACAAGAUUAAUCCUACAAAAUUGAAAGGCUAAGAUUUACCCCUAUAACAAUGGCUACAUUUUGUAACGGUUGACUUUUUACUCUUUACUAAGUCAUAACCAAACCCAUAUUUUACUCUCCCUAAACUCUUCUUAUUCUCACAUACGGAGUAGAACACUCCAUAUCUCAAUUUUCCUCUCAUUCACUCUAUUAUCUCUACAAAAACACCACCAUGGAUUCCACAACACUACUUUGCACAGCCGGGCUCGUCUUCGGAGCACUCUACUGGUUCAUACACAUCCAUGGAGCAGCUGAACAGAAAGGCAAACGACUCAUCCAUCUAACCGGCGGCGCUAUCUCUGGAGAAAAGAUCCAAGAGAAGUACCGCCAAUACUGGUCUUUCUUCCGCUCUCCUAAGGAGAUCGAUACGGUUGAAAAGGUUCCUGACUUUGUCGACACGUUCUACAACCUCGUAACGGAUAUUUACGAGUGGGGUUGGGGACAGAGUUUCCAUUUCUCUCCUUCCAUCCCCGGAAAGUCUCACAGGGAAGCCACUAGGGUACAUGAAGAGAUGGCUGUGGAUCUAAUCAAGGUUUCCCCUGGGAAAAAGAUCCUUGAUGUUGGGUGCGGGGUGGGCGGACCUAUGCGGGCGAUAGCCGCCCACUCCCGCACUAAUGUGGUUGGGAUAACUAUUAAUGAGUAUCAAGUUAAUCGUGCUAAAAUGCACAAUAAAAAAGCCGGACUAGACUCACUUUGUGAGGUAGUCCUUGGCAAUUUCUUAGAAAUGCCUUUUAACGAUAAUAGCUUCGAUGGAGCAUACUCUAUCGAAGCUACAUGUCACGCACCAAAAUUAGAAGACGUGUACGCUGAGGUAUUACGGGUGUUAAAACCCGGAUCCCUCUACGUGUCGUAUGAGUGGGUCACAACUAAAAAAUUCAAUGCUAACAAUAGUGAACACCGUGACAUUAUCCAAGGGAUCGAGAGAGGUGACGCGUUGCCGGGGCUUAGGAGCUACACUGACAUCGCGGCUAUAGCGAAAAAGGUGGGGUUCGAGGUGGUGGACGAAAGAGAUUUGGCAACAAAGCACCCGUGGUGGAACCGGCUUAAAAUGGGUCGGAUCGCGUAUUGGAGGAACCAUAUUAUGGUAACGGUUCUUGCUGCCCUAGGAGUAGCACCAAAAGGAACGGUGGAUGUGCAUGAUAUGUUGUGUAAGACCGCUGAUUAUCUUACACGUGGCGGCGAGGCUGGUAUAUUUAGUCCCAUGCAUAUGAUCUUAUGCAGAAAACCUAUUGAUGCUAAUUGUGUGGACAAGUCGGAUGCUUGAUUAAUGUACUAGUAUGUUUGAUUUCAUUUUUGUUUAUGAUCGGUAGAUUAAUUCAAAUAAUAAGGCUUU